CCUGACUGCGUCUCUCCACAGAAGAUGGUCUCGAUGUGCCCACGGCCCCUGCUGAGGUACCGGUCCUUCGCCAUCCUCUUGUUCGCACCGUUGCUGCUGCUGCCGCUGCCGAUCACUGUGCCCACGCGGGAAGCCAAAUGUGCGUAUAUCAUCAUCAUCAUGGCUGUGUACUGGUGCACCGAAGUUAUCCCACUGGCUGUUACUUCCCUAAUGCCAGUGGUAUUUUUCCCUCUGCUUGGAGUUCAGAGCUCUAAAUCAGUGUGCUUGCAGUAUCUAAAUGACACAAAUAUGCUCUUUGUUGGAGGGCUGAUAGUUGCAAUUUCUGUUGAACGGUGGAAUCUUCACAAAAGGAUUGCGCUGAGAGUCCUGCUGAUACUUGGGGUGAAGCCUGCACUCCUCAUGCUGGGGUUUAUGAUAGUCACUGCUUUCCUGUCCAUGUGGAUAAGUAACACAGCAACCACUGCUAUGAUGGUUCCCAUUGUUCAGGCUGUCCUGGAUCAAAUGGACAACACAGAGAAUGAUGUGACCAUGAUGGAACAAGCAACUGGCCAAACAAAUACAGUGAUUGAGCUGGAGGAAAAGAAUGCAUCAGAUCCCACUCCAGUGGAGGUCAUAAGCAAUGGGCAAGUUCCUGAUGGCACCAGAUCUUCUGAGGAAAAGAAAAUGAAGAAACGUAUACGUAAGGGAAUGACACUGUGUGUGUGCUAUGCUGCCAGCAUUGGAGGAACCGCAACACUGACUGGAACAGGGCCAAACAUGGUAUUGAAAGGCCAGAUGAAUCAAUUAUACCCCAACAAUAAUGACGUUGUGAAUUUUGCUUCCUGGUUUGGGUUUGCCUUUCCAAACAUGAUUCUGAUGUUGGUAUUAGCGUGGCUGUGGCUUCAGUGCUCUUUCAUGGGAUUCAACUUUAAAAAAAGCUGGGGAUGUGGGACAGUGAGAACUGCUAAAGAAAAAGCUGCAUACAACGUGCUGAAAGCAGAAAUGAAGAAAUUAGGCCCUAUCUCUUAUGCUGAAUUCAAUGUCCUCGUAAUGUUUGCUUUGCUGGUUGUCUUGUGGUUUUCCAGACACCCAGGCUUUGUAAAAGGCUGGGCUAGCAGGCUCUUUCCAGAAGGAGAAAAAUAUAUCACUGAUUCUGCUCCUGCUGUGUUUAUUGCCCUGCUAAUGUUUAUCCUUCCUGCUAAUAAACCCAAAUUCAUAGGCUGGAAUUCAAGCAUGUCUGACACUGAACAGACUGAAGAAGAUAUUAAAAAGCCAUUUUUAUCAGCCCCACUGCUAGACUGGAAUGUGGUUCAGAGGAAGAUGCCCUGGAGCAUUGUGCUGCUGCUGGGAGGAGGUUUUGCUUUGGCUGAUGCAAGCGCAGAACUUGCAUGCACUGAUCAAGUUUGUCUAAUUUAUCUGAGCCCUGGAUGUAUUGGGACCUUCACUGGCUGCAGAGAUAAGAAGAGCAGCCUUUCUUAUUUGUAUUGUCAUCCUGAUCCCAUCCCUGACUAGAAAAAAUAGAAGCAUAAGUAACACUUGUAAGAUUUCCAGAACCAUUUGAGGUUUGUUUAAGGGACAUAAAUCUUCAGAUUUAAACAAACUGUUUCUGAGCAGAUCAGGAAGAAAAUGAUUGUGAGUAGAUAUUUUCAAAAAAUCACAUACAGUGGGAUUUCUUGAAUCUAUUGUGAAUGGUUGUUGCCAGGCAAUAUGCUGUGCUCCAUAAGCCCACUGUUUGAUCCUGUGUUCAUAAAUUCACAGAAAAGGCAGCUGAAUUCCACAAACAGGAAAGGAUAUUGAGGCAAACUACGCUCUUUACUUCUUCGUAAAAGAUGUACUAAGAUGCAUCAAAGUCAUGGCCUUAAAUAUCAAGAGCGUCAUGCUUUGGGGAAGUUUGUAUUGAGAUCUAAGUUUUGUGCCUAGACAGUUUUUAAACAAUGGGGUAAAUUAAAGCUCUGGUCUGUUACAUUCAUUCACAUUCACUAUGUGUACAUUAUUAAAGCUCUGGAAUAUUGCAAGCUAUCUAGUCAAAGGCUCUGUAAGCUCUUUGAAUCUAUUGCUGUACUUUCAUAACAUAGAAUAUUCAUACAGCAUUGUUAUCUUCAGAAACAUUAAAAAUGCAUUGUAGUAACCUUGUGAGUGAUUCAUUAAGUAUUCCCAGUAGUCUCAGCAAUAAUUAUUUCUGCUUAGUAAAAACAAACAAACAAAAACAUAUAACCAAAUCAUGAACAAGUAUUUUGGCUCUAGGAAAGUCAGGGAAGUGUGGCUGAGUGUUAUGUCCAAUUGGCAAGGAAUUCCUUUUAGUGUAUGUGACAGAUUACUGAACUUUCAUGAGGGGAAGUUAUAUAAUUUGGGAGCCUCCUAGCAUUAUUUGUUAGGAACACUACAUGUAAUGAGUUUUAUGCUCCUGAGCCAGGGAAUUUAAACCUCCCUGAAACCUCACUGAAAAAAAUACUUUUU